AAAUGAGAGAGAGGGAAGUAUGCCGAGGGCUAUUGUAGGCAAAGUGACAGGGAUACAAACUAGACCCGCGUUCCGCACCUUCUCUCAGGCUUCCUUCAGUUUAAGGGACGGCUGUGAUUAAGAAGAGGUACAUUAUGGGUGAUGAGCCCCCUAGUCUAGAAUACAUUCAGGCCAAGGAUCUCUUUCCACCAAGGGAACUUGUAAAGGAGGAGGAAAAACUGCAGGUACCAUUCCCAGUGCUGCCGGGCGAAGGAGUGGAAUAUUUAGGAAGCGCAAAUGAUGCAGUCAUAGCAAUCUCUAAUUACCGUUUGCACAUCAAGUUUAAAGAUUCUGUCGUCAAUGUACCUUUAAGGAUGAUUGAGGCAGUGGAGAGUCGGGACAUGUUCCAGCUGCAGAUAAUAUGCAAGGAUUCUAAAGUAGUCAGGUGCCACUUUUCCACGUUUAAGCAAUGCCAGGAAUGGCUAAAGCGACUAAGCAGAGCGACAUUGCGUCCGGCAAAACAAGAAGAUCUUUUUGCAUUUGCCUAUCAUGCCUGGUGCCAGGGGGUUUGCACAGACGAGGAGGAGCCCCUGAUACACCUUUGUCGUCCUGGAGACCACGUGAAGUCCCGAUUUCAGAUAGAACUGAAACGCAUGGGUUUUGACCUGCAAAAUGCCUGGAGAGUGUCUGAGAUCAACAACAACUACAAGCUCUGCCAAAGCUAUCCUCAGAAACUUCUUGUACCAGUCUGGAUCACUGAUAAGGAAUUAGAGAAUGUUGCUACCUUCAGAUCCUGGAAACGCAUCCCUGUUGUUGUGUACAGGCAUACACGCACAGGAGCAGUGAUUGCACGGUGCAGUCAGCCUGAGAUUAGCUGGUGGGGCUGGCGCAAUGCAGACGACGAAUAUCUUGUAACUUCUAUUGCGAAAGCCUGUGCACUCAAUCCAGCUGUACGUAUGCCUAAUGGAAACCCCUCUAACAAAGGCAACAAUGAUGGAAGUGACAACUCAGACACCGACUUUGAUUCUUCAUUGACAGCCUGCCCUGUUGAAGGUGGAGGUGUACCUCAGAAGCUACUCAUAGUAGAUGCCAGGUCUUACACAGCUGCUGUGGCAAACCGAGCAAAAGGAGGAGGAUGCGAAUGUGAAGAAUAUUAUCCAAACUGUGAAGUGGCAUUCAUGGGGAUGGCUAAUAUCCACUCAAUUCGGAACAGCUUUCAAUAUCUUAGAGCUGUGUGUAACCAGGUGCCAGACCCAGGAAACUGGCUCUCAGCAUUGGAAAGUACAAAGUGGCUACAGCACCUGUCUGCCAUGUUGAAAGCAGCAACGGUUGUGGCUAAUGCAGUGGACAGGGAAGAGCGGCCUGUGCUGGUCCAUUGCUCAGAUGGCUGGGACAGAACACCACAGAUUGUUUCUCUGGCGAAGAUACUGCUGGAUCCUUAUUAUCGAACUUUAGAAGGAUUCCAGGUAUUGGUUGAAACGGAUUGGUUAGAUUACGGUCAUAAGUUUGCCGACCGAUGCGGCCAUCAGGAAAAUAGAGAAGAUCAAAAUGAACAAUGCCCAGUCUUCCUGCAGUGGCUAGAUUGUAUCCACCAGCUGCUAUUCCAGUUCCCGUGUCACUUUGAGUUUAACCAUGCUUUUCUGGUGAAAUUAGUGCAACACACAUAUUCAUGCUUGUAUGGAACCUUCCUUGCUAACAACUUGUGCGAGCGAGAGAUGCGCAACAUUUACAAGAGAACUUGCUCAGUUUGGUCCUUGCUUAGGACUGGCAACAAAAUUUUUCACAACCUAUUGUACAUUCCUGGAAGUGAUCUGGUUCUGCAUCCUGUUUGUCAUGUUCGAGCUCUUCAACUUUGGACAGCUGUGUAUCUGCCAGCAACAUCACCUUGUACUCCUAUGGAUGAUAGGAUGGAAAUGUAUCUUACCCCUGCUUCCCAGGGACUACAGUUUCAUGCCAGAUCCCUUGUCAGGUUACCAAAAACCCGAUCAAUGGACAAUCUUCUGACUGCAUGUGACAGCGGGGGACUACUGACACGCACCUCUAGUGACCCCAACCUUAAUAACCAUCAGGGCAACCUAGAGUCAUGCAGCUCCAGCAAGGAGGGCAAUGAGACUGAGAUUUGUGAUAUUCAGCAACAGGCUUUAUCAAUUGAGCCCAAGGAAGAAGAUGGAAAUGACAGCAAAAGCACCGACCAUGAAAACGAGGAUUCAGGAAGUGCUACUAAUCAAAAUAAUAAUGAACAAAAUGCUCUUAACAAUAUUUUAUCAAUCGCCAAACCAGAUUCCAUACAGUGCAAACGUGAUCAUUUUAAAUCUGUACUGGAGAAGAGUUCUGUUAUACCAGUGCCGAGCAAUGAAGGGACAAUCACUGAUGAUAAUAGCCACAGUAAUGGGACCUCCGAGCACCUUCCAGUUCCAGCCUUAGUUACAAAUGGAUCUGUUCAAAACAAGUCCUGUGUAGAUGUUAGCAAAGCUAUGAAACUAUCUACUGAGUUGUCUAGGACUGACAAAAAGCCUGUGUUUCAAACACAGCGAGAUGAAUUCUCUUUCUGCACAUCCAACUGGGACAGUUUACCAGGGAUGAUGAGAUCUGUUCCUAUCUGUGAGGUUGGUCUGCGACGCCCUCUCUCAUAUGACUGUUCUACAAGGAGUCAGCACAGCAGGAAUGGAAGACAUACUAUGAAACUAACUGGAAACUUGCCUGCGUCUUUUCACUGCUCUGGGCCCUUUACGAAAAGCUGCAGAUGUGUGAUGGCUUGUCAUACAAAACAGGUGCAGGGCAGCAGAUUCUUGCCCUUGGCAUGUCCAUCCCCAGCUCCACUCAUUUACCAGGAUGAUGACGGUUUGCCGAUUCCCAGUGAUGUGGUACAGCAGAGACUCCGGCAAAUGGAAGCAAGUUACAAACAAGAAGUAGAUCUGCUUCGACGGCAAGUGUGGGAAUUGCAGCUCCAGCUGGAGAUCCGUCAGUAUUGUGCACCACCUUCUGAACCAGAAGCAGACUAUGAAGAUGAUUUUACGUGUGUAAAAGAGUCUGAUGGUAGCGAUAUGGAUGACCUCUAUUCAGAUAAGAGUGAAGACCGACUCUCUGAAGCAAGUUGGGAGCCAGUGGAUAAAAAGGAAACUGAGGUAACAAGAUGGGUCCCUGACCACAUGGCUUCACAUUGCUUUAACUGUGACUGUGAAUUCUGGCUGGCAAAACGUAGACAUCAUUGCAGAAAUUGCGGUAAUGUGUUCUGCGCAGCCUGUUGCCACUUGAAGCUUCCUAUACCUGACCAGCAGCUGUACGACCCUGUGCUAGUGUGCAACACGUGCUAUGACCACAUUCAAGUGUCCCGUGCAAGGGAGCUUAUGUCACAGCAGCUGAAGAAACCCCUCACUGCAGCCUCAAGCUGAAUGCUAACUUAAAACCUGUUUUCUUUUUGCUCCUCUUUUUGUUUUCUGCCACGAAGAUGAUGAUUAAGAGGAAGGCAUGUCUGUUGGUACUCAGCUGCAUGCCUGUGGAUAUCUUCAGUGACAAGCAGCAGGCUGGCCUACUCUAGCAUUACAUUGCUACACUGAGGCAGGUUCUCUCCACCCCACCCCGAAAAUGCAGUUGCAACCCAUAUUUAGGAUUUCUAAUAACUCCAUGUUCAUACAUCUGUCACGGUGAGAGCUUAGUGUAGUGAAAGCGAAAUGUUUUCCAGAGUGACAAAAAAAGAUCAGUGAAGUGCAGAGAGGUUUCCAUGUUUUUUUCAGUAGCAUGACACUACCAAUGUGGGGUAGAAGUCACAGUGAGAUGUUGGUUUCCUUCAACUGACUGACAUUGUUUGAUUCUUGAAAAAGAAUAGGUGAAAUGUUUGCGACUUGAGCAAAGCUGUGGCCAAGUGAAACAAGCUGGUCUGUUUAUUGGACCUGGAAGUGAAGGGUUUACGUGUAAAUGAAAGUGCAGAUGAUUACUUCCAAGCUGUGAAGAGUUUUUUGCCGAAGGUCUCAUUAAUUGGCCUGUCUGCAGUAAUAGGGUUUAGUAUGGAGGUUACUGCGUAUGCUAGUGUUACUGUACAUUUGUUUUGAUGGGUAUAAACAACCCAUACCUAGAAGCCUGUAAAUAUUUAUGUUUUGUUUGUUUAUGUUGGUUCCUUUUGCCAUUAACCGUAUCAAAAUCUCAUACUUAGAUACUGAUUCCCAAAUGGAAAGGAAAAUGUAAACACAAAGUCUGCUUUGUGGUAUUUUUUUUCUGAGGGGCUUUGUAUUAAAUGCUGCUAUUUCUAAUGUUGUGCACUUAAUGUCACCCAGAAAAGGGACAGAACAUUGAUACCAAAAGGUUUUUAGUCUGCCAGGUAAACUAGAUUACAGUACAGUCAUGCUCCUGUCAUCUUCUUCCUUUUUGUUUAUAUGUUAAUGCACUUUUUUUUGCUGGCUCUGUAUUUGUUUCGGUCCUUGUUGUCACAUUUCAGUGGCUUCAGUGCUAUUUGCCACUAUUAGGCUGCAGGCAAGCAAAGUCUGUUUAACAGAAUGAUGUUAUUAGUUGGAAUAGAUUCUGCUGUAUAUUGCUGGUCUUUACACACACACAACUCCGUUCAGUCUUUUGAUGCAGAACCUUACCCCAAGUGAUCUGCUUUGCAGUCGUGGUUACAGUAAUACGUACAGUGGAACAUAGACCGUAUCUCCUUACGUGAAUUGCAUGGUAGCUUCAAAAGGGGACAAGGCAGAGUUCUAAUGCUGUAUGUGAGCAGGGACACCUCUUGCUUAUCAAGGGCUGCAAAAGGAGGGCAUUUGUAAAUGCUGAAGGGAAAAACUCAAAAGGGUUGGUGUACCUCCACACUAUAACUUAAUAAUGUACAUGUAAAUUCAUUUUAGGUAUUGAGUAGCUCCGGCGGGUAUCCACAACGCCUAGUUGCUACAUCAUUUGACAUUAAUACUCUCUCUUUUAUAGUGGAAAGGUGCCUAAACAUUCUCACUGUCAUUCCCACUUGCAAAGCUACAUAUGCACCACACGUGAGCGAUUCUGCAAUGCCUGCCUUAACUGGGCAUAUUGCUGAAAGAAAUGAGAGAUUUGUGGAGCGUUUUGGGCAUUUAGCAGAAAAUAUUUGUUUUUCUGUGUUUGUUUCCCGUUGGGCUGUGCUCUGAGCUUAACCACUGUUUACUAGUGUUAGACCUCAUAUAUCUGAACCCCAGGCACCUCUGCUGCACCUCCAUUGCUGGAGAGCAGUAAACACGGUGUUGGAAAUCAAGUGUAUGAUUGGGUGUAACCACCUCAAUAGCACGUGACAGGGUUCCCUUCCCAGACAGAAAUUCUUUUGGUGUUAUGGAAACAUGUUCCGUAACUGUCUGGUUUUGUGGCCCAAUACAGUAUGUGGAUGUCAUCUCGUUGCCCACAGUAAAGAAUAUGGGAAGGGAAUGAUUUCAUUUGAGUUUGUUCUGGUAGCUCCAGCUAAAUGAACUGGACAGAAGCAAUGGCAAAUGAGAAUACAUUUCUGUAAAAUAUUGUGUACAACAUAAGUGCUGUAAAGGUGAAACACUUCAAAUAAAUACACAUUCUGAUGUC